AUGGCGGUGUGCGCACGGCUGUGCGGAGUGGGGCCGGCCCGCGGCUGCCGCCGGCGCGGCGCGGCCAGGGAGCAACGCCGCGGGGCCGCCGACAGCGAGCCCGACACCGACACUGACCCCGAGGAGGCGGGCGGCGGAGGCGGCGUCACGGAGGACGAGGAGGUGGCGGAGCGCAUCGAGGGCGGGCGGCCCGCGCCGCCUCCCGUCGAGGCCGGCCCUGCCGGGCGGGCCCCGCUGUCCCUGCUGGAGCUGCCCCCGGAGCUCCUGGUGCAGAUCUUCGGCUCCCUGCCCGGUACUGACCUGCCCAGCCUGGCCCGCGUCUGCACCACCUUCCGCCGCAUCCUCCGCACCGACACGAUCUGGCGGCGGCGCUGCCGCGAAGAAUAUGGAGUCUGUGAAAACUUGAGGAAAUUGGAGAUCACAGGAGUGUCCUGUCGAGAUGUUUACGCCAAACGUAUAAACCCACGGGUGAAGUCGGGGCGUUUUAUGAAAAUCCUUCCCGACUACGAGCACAUGGAGUACAGAGAUGUUUACACCUGCCUGCUGCACCGGUACCGGCACAUCCUGGGACUGUGGCAGCCGGACAUUGGGCCCUACGGGGGACUGCUGAACGUGGUGGUAGAUGGUUUGUUCAUUAUUGGAUGGAUGUACUUGCCACCUCACGACCCUCAUGUUGAUGAUCCCAUGAGAUUCAAACCUCUCUUCAGGAUUCACCUCAUGGAGAGGAAAUGUGCAACAGUGGAGUGUAUGUAUGGUCACAAGGGACCUCAUAACGGCCACAUCCAGAUUGUAAAGAAGGACGAGUUCUCCACGAAAUGCAACCAGACGGAUCACCAUCGGAUGUCAGGGGGAAGGCAGGAGGAAUUCCGGACGUGGCUACGGGAAGAGUGGGGUCGGACUCUGGAAGACAUCUUCCAUGAACACAUGCAAGAGCUCAUCUUGAUGAAGUUCAUCUACACCAGCCAAUAUGACAACUGCUUGACCUACCGCCGCAUCUACCUCCCCCCCAGCAGCCCCGACGACCUCAUCAGGCCAGGGCUCUUCAAAGGCACCUACGGGAGCCACGGGCUGGAGAUCGUCAUGCUGAGCUUUCAUGGGAAGAAAGCCAAGGGGACUAAAAUCACUGGAGAUCCCAACAUCCCAGCUGGACAGCAGACUGUGGAGAUCGACCUGGCACACCCUCUGCAGCUGCCCGACAUCGAGAACCUGCGUGACUUCAGCGAGCUGUCCCGCAUCGUCCUGGAGGUGCAGGAGCAGGUGCGGCGGGAGGAGCAGGAGCAGGAGCAGCGGCAGGAGGAAGAGGAGCGUUCCCAGCAGGCUGCCUCCCAGCCUGCUGCCAGUCCCCUGGGAGGAGAAGGUGCCGAGGGGGAAGAGACUGCAGCUGGUGCAGAGGGAAUGACCCCGGACAAGGCACCAGCUUCCCAGCCCUUCGUGCUGCCCAUGGGAGUCAUUUCGAGGAAUGAGGACUAUCCCCGGACCUGCCGAAUUUGUUUUUACGGGACGGGGCUCAUCGCCGGCCACGGCUUCACCAGCCCCGAGCGGACGCCGGGGGUGUUCGUGCUCUUCGACGACGACCGCUUUGGGUUCAUCUGGCUGGAGCUGAAAUCCUUCAGCCUCUACAGCAGGAUCAAGGUCUCCUUCCAGAACGCAGAAGCGCCUUCCCGUGAGGCCUUUGAUGAAAUGCUCAAGAACAUUCAGUCCCUGGCGACCUGACGGGUGGUUUGUGACGGACAGGGCUCGGGGUUGCAAAGGCUGCUGCGCUCCCCCAGCCAGAGCUGGGGGGGGAUUCCUUGCUCUCAGUACCUCUGGAUAAAAGCAUGCACUUUUAAUAAAAAGCCUUUUUACCCCAAAUGUACACACCCCAGUUAAAAUAUCCAUGACUGCCCUUUCCUCCCUGCCACUCCACGCUGCUUCCCAGCAGUCCUUGUUACCCAGUCUGUGGCAUAGCUUUGUAGAGCUGAAGGGAUCCUGCAGAGGAGGAAAAAGAUCUUUCUUACUGCAAAAAAAAGAAUGUAUUGGGACAAAAAUAAUGCCAGAUGAGAGGGACAGGCAGUGACAAAGCAUGUCCUCCUCUCCAGAGAAACGUUUCUCUGGGUGUAGCAUUGCCAGGAGAGGGUGGUGUGAUACCUUCAUCCUUGGCUUGGGAAUUGGAGUGUGUGGUUUCCUUUGGAGAAGUACCCUCAGCUUGGCAGCGAGGGGAGGAUCCCCACUGCAAAUGAGUGUGUGUAGCAUUAUCCUGGCUUCUGGAGCUUGAUGGAUGUGCUGUCCCUGGGGCUCCAGGUCUGUGUGUCUCCCUGAGGAGAUGGUUCUUUUUUCUUACAGGAGCUGGGUGUGGAACUGGAAAUGGGUGUAAACUGCAAAAGCUGAUGUGUUCCAACUGCUUUGUAUCUGAUUCACCUCAGAUCUUGUAAAAGUGGGUCUGAAAACGUAAAGGAAGGAGCAAAAAGAAAACCAACUGUGAGAUAAGGGCAGCUGGAGCCUGCUGGCUCUGAUCUGUGAUGGGCAGCAGAAGGUGCCACGUGUCACUGUCACUGGUGUGACCCCAGCUGGGUGUCAUUCCUGUAUCAGGUUGCCCUUUGCAGUCCAAAGGACCGACUAGGGAUUCUCCUUGUGUUGCUGUGGCUCCUUCUGGCGCCUUUUGCAGUGGGUGCUGACAGGUGGGUGCUGCUGCUCCACUCACAGCACCCUUCUGUUCCCUUUCUAGUUGUACUUGUCUCAUCCUAGAUGAUUGUUGCUUCCACAGAAAGCUUUUGAGCUUGAUUUCUUUCCAUGAUACCUGCAUUCUGUGGCAGAUCUGAGCUCCACUGGGAAUUGUGGGCUGCAGGCAAGGAAGUAGAUUCCCUAUAGACUGUUCUGUACAGGAAAUCCUGGCCAGUGCUCAUCUACAGACUCUGAGUUGUGCUAUAAACCAUCAGCAUUAACAUGAUCCUUUGUUGCAGUUUCCCUCUGGCUGUGAUGACAAAGUCCAGAUUCCUUCUCUUCUACCCAGAUCAUUGUCUAAAAAAAACCUCUGCCUUUACAUCUUCUGCAGGUUUAGGUUUGUAAAUGUGUCUGUACAUGUGCUGGGAGUUCAGUCCCUGCCUGGUUCCACUGCCUGUGAGCAGCUUUUAUUCUCACUCUCACAAGGGCUUUUUGCCAUUUCUGGCUGUCGUGUGUUCCCUCAAGCUGUGUGAGAACCCAGGCUCCAGCAGAGACGUUGAGCAGCAGGUCAUGUCACUCACAGGAUUAAUUCCUGUCUCUUUGGAUAGAGUUUUACAAACGUCUGGGAAUUUGAAGGUGAUUUAGGGCACUUUUUUCUUUGUUUCCUACAGCUUUGUCAGGAGUGGAAAAGCUGCCUCAGUGUUAGAGGUGAGGAGCUGAAGUGUUGUUACUGUCCUGGUGAAUAAGCUGUAAAAAGGAGGUUGGUUGUGAGCAGCCUGUCAGAGGUGUUCCUGUGGGCAUCAGCAGAAGGAAGAGUCAGUUCAGAUCACACAGGGCUGGGAGAGAGGGAGGUGGCAGUUCCUGUGCCUUGGUGAGUGGGCAGAGAAGUGACCUGGAGCUAAAAUCAGGCAUCUCAGCCUUUUGCUGUAGCUGCUGAGCUCUGUGCAGAACAUGUGCCUGAUGUUGCAGACAGAGGUUUCCAGGUUUGAUGCAGGUUUCUGGGACACCUAAAGAUGUUCAGUGCUGGGUUAAUGGUUGGACUUGAUGAUCUCAGAGGUCUUUUCCAACCUGAAUGAUUCCAUGACUAGGACUCUGGUAACUGGGUGGCCAGUUUAUCUUGGAGUUUGCUGUUAGGCUGGUGCAGUCAGCGUGUUGGCUGCCUUGUGUUCUCUUUAACAGCCUAAAGGGAUGAGAGAUGUCCCCUUUGGAAGUUGUUUCCUUUGUUUGUCCCAAGAAACAGCUUUUCUUCUGCUGGAUCCAUAGCUCUGAUUGCAGAUUCCUCCCCACUUCAGUGUCCCCACAAAAAAUAAAGAUGAUAGAGUUUUACACAACUGACUUGAUAGUUUUUGCAUUCGGUUUUUAAAUUAAGAUUAAAAAUUUUAAAAUUGAGAUUAAAAUUUUAUAAAUUGAGAUUUUAAAGUCCAGACUGCAUUGAAUGCCCUGCAAGCACUUGCCUGAGGCCUGAGUCACUCUCCUGAGUACUGACCUGACUCUGUAUCCUCCCUCCUCCUUGCAACCUGUUACAAUGGCUUGGCUGAGUGUGUAAAGUGCCUUCCACCGCUGUCAUGAAAGUUGUUACCUGCAGCUUCCCAGGAGGCUGCUGGGGAGUGCAAACCCAUGGAUACCAGUUGUCAGGAGGGCUUUGCUCCGUGCUGAGUCUGGAUCUGCUUUGUCACCUGGGCAAGGACUUGUUGGUUGGCUGUUGGCACAGGUCGUAGCUUGUCGCUUCUGAACCUUUCCAGUGUCAGUAUCAAGGGUCUCCUGAAGGCGAGACCUGCUUGGCUGGCUGGAGAGAAGGGCUUUGUGGAGUCUUGAUGCCUUGUGGGAAUUUUUCACAGCUCAGCUUUGCCCCUGUAGUGGCAUCUUUUUAUUUAUAACUCACCUGGUUGGCCUCAAAAUGUCAGGAUGUGCCUGAUUAAAGGCAAAACCGCCGGGACCCCCUGGCUUUGUUCUGUCUAGAGCAAAGGAAAUAGCAAGUUUGGUAUUAAUAUUCCUCCUCUGACACCUUUUCUCACCUUCUGCUGCUCCAAGCCUGGCAGGUUUUUCAGUUUUUUGUGGCAUUUCAGAACAAAAUUCCCCCUGAUUUGGCUGGGGGUGAGUAAAGCCGUGAAGAUGGUGAAUUUGGAGACUGGCAGAAGUGCUGGGGGUGCUCCUGUGCCUGUUCCUCUGUGCAUGGCUGCAUCAGUGCUUUCAGAGCAAAGCAGGAUAACAUGAUGGGGAGUUAAAACUCACAACUCUGAAAUCUUUGGGAAAGGGGAACGAGCAAGGGGAGUGGGGACAGAUUUAGGAGCAGGCAGUUUGGAUCUGAGGAUCACCCAUGGCUGAGGGGGAUGUGACCAGUGUCCUGAUCCUGCUUUUCCUAAAGGGAAGCAGUGCUGACAGGACAGGCUUUUGCUGUGCUGGUUCAUCUUCAGUACAGGCUGUACCACCCCCUGCACAGCAUGUCUUCACUGCAUACCCUGCUUCUUUCCCAAACCCUAGUUUUCCAGCUUGUUGGGAUCUUUCUGUGAGCUGUUGACAGGGAUAAUGUGUGGUGGGGCCUUGCAGAUGGCGAUAAAUUCCUGGUGCUGACGUCUCCUCGUCCUGUUGGCUCUGUGGAAAAUCUUGGGGACAAUUGGCUUGAUUUCUUGAUCCCAGAUGGGUGGAAAGUGCUGGCGAAGAUGGAAAACAACUUGUCAGGGGUAGGAAUACUCUUGGCAGAAGCCUUUUGCAUUAAACAAAAGCAUUUGCAAUGAGGCUGCAAGAGCCCCAAUGGCCACAGCAAGACCUGGGCCUGAAUUCUGGCUCAGGAACAAGUGAGUGGUUUACGUGCUCAGACUGUUUUGUGCUCCUCAGUCCUGCCCUCUGUGUUGUCAAAACACACGGAUUUGGCCAGCUGGAAAGCAGGAGCAUCAAAGCUCCUCAUGCAGCCAGUUUGUUUGCCUUGGGCCUUAUUUCAGAGCUGUGAAUGUGCUGUGCUCGGGCGUUGUGGUUGUAGGAGACUCUGCAGUGCACGGGGAUUUGUCAGGCUGGUUUUUACUGAGGAGGAGGAAAAGGUGGAAUUAUUUGUAAGUUUGGGUGUGAGCUUCAUUCUGGAGUGAACAGCAAUGCUGCCAUAGGAGUCUGGAAUGGGACAGCAGUAGUCAGAGGGCAGUUUGUUGGGAAAAGUGCACUGGGGAGAAAGGGAAUUCCUGUGCAAAUGUGCAUGGAGGUGUCAGCUACCAGGAAAAACCCAAACUGCAGCUGGCUCAGUGUUUACUUUUAAACAAAUGACUUUUUAUUGCUUUUUAUUAAUUUAAAACUAGUGGAACCUAAUGGGAGUGUUGAGUGUUGUGUGGAAAUGGAUUGUCUAAUCUCAAUUUGCUAGUUUAGGGAAUGAUAAUGGAUUAACUCUCUCUUGUAGCUGGUUGCUCACGUGGCCAAUAACCCUCCGUUGUGUUCAGCUGCCAAAGGAUUGUGCUGCCCUCAGACAGCAUCACUUACCAGUGGGACAGUGAAAUAUUUGAGAUGUGAAGUGGAGGAUAAGGUACCAAACUGUGAGUGCCACUGACCUUUGGGGUUUUUGCGUGCUGAAUUAAAAUGUAUGAUUCUGGUUUUUGUUUGGAUUGCAGUCUUUUUAAUUUUUGAGGCAAAGAGCACUCAGAUCAACUGUGUUUAUUAGCUUAAUUAAAGCAUUCUGCACUUUUUUUUCAUUGAUUGAUACUCCUCCUUCCCUGUUUCCGUGUGUAUUUUGCACUCACCACUUUAACAUGACACUGAUGGAUUAAUCUGGGCAUCUCCUGUAGGCCUUGAGUGUAAAUAAGUCUCUAUAAAGUAUCCCGUGGUACUUAUUAAAAAUGAAGGUGAAACACCAGAUCCCUGCUUUGUACAGAGGGCAGUGGGAGCAAAAAGGUGAGAUUUUCAUUCCAAAAUACCAUUUGACAUCCAGCACCUUGGUUUCAUGCCACAAAUAUCCUUGUGGAACAUGGUAACUUGUAGUUUAAACACCUUACCUGCCCAGUCUGCUCCCCUGUUCAAGGGAGGGGGUUUUGCCUGUCCUUUUCUUCGUGGGUUUGAGAGGAAUGGGAUGUAUAAACCCAACACUUGGCCUACUCCAUCCUGGGUUUUGGAAAACUGAGCGAAACGUGUGUGUUACUUUUACACCUGAUCAUUGUUACCCGAGAAGCCUUUUCCAAUUUCAAAUAAUAAAAAGCAAUGUUUUGUGAACUUA